GAUUUGAACAGUUACCAUUCAGAUUUUACUUUAAGGGAGCAUAUUGUAACACGUCAUGGAGAUGAGAUUCCAGCUUCCCUUAAAGACGAUCCAACUUACCUAAAGUGCCGUUUUUGUCAUAAGCUAUUUGCAAAACCAACAGAACGUUUCCAACAUGAGAAAAGCCACGCUAAUGAGCGAAAAAAAUUUUGGUGUACAUUAUGCCCGAAAUCUUUCACCAGAAGUUCCGACCGCAAAGUUCAUGAAUCCAUCCAUAGGGGAGAGCGACCAUAUCGUUGUGAACAAUGUCCGAAAUCAUUCAGGAAUAGGAAUAAUUUUACCCGUCACGUUAAAGAUGUUCAUGGUGGCGUUAAUGGGAACAUAAAGCAGACCAAAAUGGUGGUGUUUUCCGAGAACCCCAAUUUCGACGACGAGAAAAAUUUUUGCAUCACCUGCAAUCGUGAAUUUGCCUCGAAGAGCAGCUGCAACAAACACAAAUUUUUACAUAGGAAUUUAAUUCAUCCAAAACACCCGACAUUUUUCUGUGAAUUGUGUCCUGGGAAAUUUAAGUCAGACUCUGAAUUAAGAGAUCAUAUUGUGACGAAUCAUGGUGAUGAGAUUCCAAAGUCUCUACAAGACGAUCCAACAUACCUAAAAUGCCGAUUUUGUCAUAAGGACUUCUAAGGAAACUAAUAUCAGUUGCGGAAAAUACUAA